AUGUCGUCCAUCAGGUCCCUCGCCCUCCUCGCCCUCUCCACCGGCUUCGCCAGCCUCUCCGCUGCUCAGGCCUCCGGGUCAGGAUCGACGACCCGCUACUGGGAUUGCUGCAAGGGCUCCUGCUCAUGGCCCGGCAAGGCGGACGUCUCCUCUCCAGUCCAGAUGUGUGGCAUCAACGACACCCCGCUGAGCGACCCCAACGAGAAGUCUGCUAGUGACGGCGGUAAUGGAUACAUGUGCUCUGACCAGAGCCCAUGGGCCGUCAAUGAGACCAUGUCCUACGGCUUCGCGGCCGUGAACAUUCCUGGAGGCAGUGAGGCUUCGUGGUGCUGCGCUUGCUACGAGCUCACCUUCACGAGCGAAAAAGUUGCCGGAAAGAAGAUGAUUGUGCAGGCCACCAACACCGGCGCCGAUCUCGCCGGCGGACAGUUUGACCUCGCCAUGCCAGGUGGUGGUGUCGGUAUCUACAACGCCUGUACCAAGCAAUGGGGCGCCCCUGCCCAAGGCUGGGGUGAGCAGUACGGAGGAAUCGCUACAGAUGAAUGCGACACCUUCCCAAGCGCCCUGCAGCCCGGCUGCAGCUGGCGCUUCGACUGGUUCGGAAACUCCGACAACCCGGACGUCGACUGGAAGCAAGUCACCUGCCCUAAGGCCCUCACCGACAAGACCGGUUGUAUCCGCCAGGGCGAGACCCCGACUGGUGGCGAUGAAGGGUCUGACGAGCCUUCGACCCCCAAGCCCAAGCCCACGACCGCUGCUCCCCCGGCGUCGUCUUCUCCUGCUGCUGCGUCUUCGUAUGCUGCACCAGCAUCGUCCUCCGCCGCUGCCGAGUCUUCGUCUGUUGCUGCCGCUUCCUCUUACGGAGCCUCAUCCGCCUCGUCCGCCGCUGCGGUCUCCUCUUCCGCCGACUACAGCUCGACCAAGGAGGCACCAACCGGAUACGGCAGCAUGUCUGCGCCGGCCUCGUCGGCGAGCUACGCCGCGCCCGAGGAGUCUUGCGAGGUGGAGUACGUUUACGAGAACGAGUUGUAA